AUGUCUGCAACCGACAGACAGGCGAUGCCAUCCGCUUCAGUCGACCGUGCUACAAUCAAGGCCGACAACAAUCUCACUACGGAUCCUGAAAUUCCCGAGGGACCAACCGAUAGCCAUGUGCUAUCUCAAAUAAAACAGGAUGAGAGAGGCCUUGCACAAAAAGCUGGCGACACAGCGGAAAUUAGCAAUAUUGGAUGGGAUGAAUCUCCAGAUGUCAUCGAGGAACCAUUAGUGGCCGGGCUAUCAAAUGAGGAUUUGUGGAUGCUCAUUAGACGAUUCGACAAGCAAAUGUAUCGAGUCAAAGCAGUUCCCGAUGUUUCCCUGCAGAAACUGGAUUUCACGCGUGAAGACGACGAUGAAUUCUCGCCGGAUAAACUCAGGGCUACAAUUGAACGUUUUUACACAACCGUUGUUGUUGGAUUGACCAAUUGUAUCAAACAUAUUGCUCGACUACGGUCUUGGAAGGAGCCGCGACGAACCGCUGCCUUUUGCACGGUCUACGUACUAUCAUGCCUUCUCGAUCUACUUGUUCCAACUAUGCUGGUCAUCCUACUUGCCCUGGUGCUCUAUCCACCGUGUAGAUCACUCAUGUUCCCUCCCGCUCCAAUUUCUCUUGUCAACAAAGAUACGGGUGGUGUACAAAAGCCAAAGGCGGGAAUCCUUGGGUCUGAGGAUAGUAUUACCGGGGCCCCCGAGAAAUUCAAGGGCGAAGCAGCCGAGCAAGAGGCCAGUAAUCUUGUUGCAAGCGUUGCCAGUGUGGCCGUGGGAAGCGCAGUUGGGAAGCAUGAUCAAGGGGUCCCUGAUGAUGCACCCUUGGAAGAUGACGUUCCAGACGCGAUGGAUAUUGUUGCCAAUACUGCCGAUGCGCAAAGCGCUGCCCAUGGGAAGGUACCGACAGACUCCCAUGACAAAACACGACAACCUAUGAAACAGAGCGUGAUGGACAUUGCAAACUCUUCAAUGCACGUAAUAGGCGACAUCACAGAUACCUAUGAGAAGAUGGGCAACGCUCUAUCCGCAACAACUCCGUUUCCUCGACUGAGUCCUCGUCUGCGCCUGGCGACGGUGUUGUUCCCGGCAUUCCUAGCUUCAUUAAUGACAUCUUGCUACGUUUUUAUGAAGCUGAGUACACUUCUGAUCGGGCUCGUCUUCUUUGGAGACCCUGUCAUCAGACGAGGGGUUUCAUAUCUAAAUCGCCGCCUACCGAAUUGGCGGAAGAUUAUUCAGUUGCAAAAUUCCCUCCUGAAAGGUAUUCCAACAAAUGCUCAGCUGGCUAUUACUCUUCUCCGCAUCGGCGAAGCUAAUGCGUCACCACUUCCGCCUCCUCCAACCUCACCAGACAAAGUACCCUCGCGGCCAGUCUCUUUGAAUCCGGAGGAACUGACCCUAGGUGCUAGUAACGAGGAAAUUAAACAAGCUGCACUGGUUAAGCCUGACGACCAUGUCCAGGCGGUCGAAGCUCCACCAGCACCAGAGAAGAGCCAUAAAAGGACAUUGGGAUCGAGCAUUCUAGGCUUAUUUCGAGAAACAACGGCCAGUGGUGUUGAGAGCAAAAGAGGGAUCGAUCGCUUACGAGCAGCAAUCGGUUCACAUCAUGCUAAGAAUCGGGUUGGCGUCCUACGUGAUAGAGGGAAGAGGAUAACACCAAGUGGACCUGUGGCAUUUGAUGCUCGAUACAAAGGCAAGCGCGGUACUGCGAUUAUUGACUCGACCAAGGAGCCUCCGCUGCUGUAUUUCACAACUGAUACGCCGCAGAAUGGAGACGCAAAAUUGGAGAAUCGCAAAGAUGGAUCGGUUAUGUUCACUAUGCCGGUGACUGAGAUCCAGGAGAUGCGAAAGUUAGGCGGUAUGGGAUGGAAGGGGAAAUUGGUUGUUGGUUGGGCUCUUCAUGGUAAGGAGGUGGUUGACGGUUUGCUCAUCAUUGGCAAGAUGCCAGGGCAGUCAUAUCAACUCACUGCCAUGGAGACGAGGAAUCAGCUGUUUAAUCGGCUUAUUGCCAUUGACGGACAGGUUUGGGCGAGCUGUUGA